CUCAAUAUAUCCCCCCUCAUCCCUCUCCCCACCUCCAAAGCCAAAAACACUUAAACUGCUUUUGUCGCUUGAUAACAACAAAACAAAAAUGAGAAAGAGGCUAAUCUCCUUUUUCUUUCUCUCCAUCUUCUUCCUUCUCCAUUGCUCUUCAACCAUUGCUCAAGCCCCUGUGCCAGCACCGGCAGGGCCUGACAAUAUCACGGCCAUCCUCGAGAAGGGUGGACAAUUCACGUCAUUCAUUCGGCUACUGAAGAGUACUCAGAAUGCCGACCAGAUAAAUGCUCAGCUCAACAACUCCAACCAGGGCCUUACCAUAUUUGCACCAACGGAUAAUGCUUUCAAUAACCUGAAGCCAGGGACUUUGAACUCUCUCAGUGAUCAACAGAAGGUCCAGCUGGUGCAGUACCAUAUCCUCCCCACCAUGCUUUCCAUGCCGCAGUUCCAAACUGUGACCAAUCCAUUGCGAACACAGGCAGGUGACACAGGGAGCGGAGAGUUCCCAUUGAACAUCACGUCUUCGGGGAAUCAAGUCAACAUAUCGACGGGAGUUGUCGAUGCGACAGUGGCAAACACCAUGUACACUGAUAGUAAGCUGGCAGUUUAUCAGGUGGAUCAGGUGCUCCUUCCAUUGCAGCUCUUUGGAUCAUCACAGGCCCCUGCUCCUGCACCGUCAACGCCUGAGAAGGGUUCUACUCCAAAAGCUUCUCCAGCUGGAGGCACUGCUGAUGCUAAUACAUCCAGUGGAAUGAAACUGGAUUCCCAUGGGCUGCCGAUGGUUUCUGUUGGGUUUGCAGUUCUUUUAGCUAUAUGUUUACAGCUUUGAGUUUCUGUAUUGUUUUUGAGAUGAUAUCUUGUCUGCAACUGCUGAAAUUAUUUGAUCUGAUAUUGAAUAACUAUUUUUUUGAAUA